AUGAACCAACAUUCGAUCCCUGUUUGGGUCAUUGUUCACGUUCGACGCGAGUGGACCUCCCGGCUGAACUUCUACACCCUUGUGUUGCAGGCCCUGGCCGAGGAUCUUUUUGAAAUCGAGACACGUCCGAAUUCUAUUAUUCCUGGACGUGUCACUGGGUAUAUCAUUCCAGUCCGAGCAAAUGGGACCACCUCGAUCAGCCGGCAACGUAGCCAAUUUCGAAAAAUGGCAGAAAGUAUAGUUUACGAAUACUACCAGCAAGCUCGAGAUGAAGAGUAUCGACAGCGUCAUCCGUCGAACUCGUCUCAUGAGCCGGCGGGGGAAUAUCAGGCAUGUGAGAUUCCUGCAGAAGCCAAAAUCCACGAUCAUGGCCUGCAGCGCGUCGCGUUCAGGGAGGCCCGUCGAGCUAUCACCAAAAUGUUGAACGAAGCCGUGGUGCAGGAAGAAGAGGCCGCCGAGCGAGUCAUGCAUGAGAAACUUGCUUCUGCUAUUGCCGACUUUUGGUGA